CACAAAACUGAGGAGAAUAUUUUGGCCUGGAAUGGGAAAAAGUGGGCAAAUGAGGUAAUAAAAAUGAGCUAUAAAAAAUUAGAAUUAAAAUCAUGGGUUCAAAAACUUCGAUCCGUGACAAUCGAGCCGGCCAGCUUUUUCAUGAUGAUCUCUGUCGUCUUAAGUGGGACGCUUAUGCAAAACGUGCUUAUCGAAUCUGUCUGCACCGUAACGAGAAAUAAUAGUAGAGAAAUUUGCAGCGAAAUCGUUAAAAAUAACGGGUCUUUUGAAGACGAGGAAAUAGCAAUUCAAGAAGUUGUCGCCAGCGUACAAGAAUACUCCUCAAUUGUGGACAACGUCUUCAAACUGCUAUUCAUUCUGAUUGCGGGGCCAUGGAGUGACCGUAAUGGGCGACGAACUCCACUAAUUUUGACCGUAGUAGGAAACACGGUCUCCUGUGCCGGCAUGUUAGCUGGGUCCUUGCUAUACGACAGGAUAGAUCCGUAUUGGCUGGCCAUAAUUACAUCCGCGGCGAGUUCUAUUCUUGGCGGGGAAGUAGGUUUUACUAUGUCAGCUUAUGGUCACAUUUGCGACAUUACGAACCUCUCGUCACGUACUUUUCGUACCGGCAUGUUCAGUGCUGCUUAUCAACUGGGCGCACUAGUUGGCUUUGGUCUGUUGAAUUUGAUUAUCCGAUCUGAUGUGAAAUACCCGAACACAGUCGGAUUCGGAGUCGCGUUAAUUUGCUCGCUGAUUACGUUAGUAAUUGUGCUAAUUGGUUUAAAGAAGAAAACUUGGGCCCCAUCAGAUUUUAGAAACAAUAACUAUUCAAGUUUAAUGAAACGAUCAGAGAUGAAAAGAGAUUCCUCAACGUGCGGAUUUUUAGGAUCUUCACUAUGUCAAGUAUUUAGACCUUUAACAAAACCAAGGUCGUUGUAUGGCAAGGUGGUUAUCUGGUUGAUAAUUAUUCUCCAUAUUUUGGCUGCGGCUCCAAUUCAUGGCGAUUCCUCCAUCCUGUACCUUUUUCUGCGUCAACGUCUGGGUUGGGAUGUCGUUGAAUAUGGUUACUUUUCCAUUUACGACAACGUCAUAAAAGUUAUCGGGAUGAGCGUGGCUAUGACGCUGUUUAGCAAAUGGUUACAAGCUAGCGACCCAUGCAUCGGCUUCAUUUCUGGCUGGAGUCAACUGGCCGCCUGUUUUAUAUAUGCGUUCGCCAUAAAUCAUACCACAAUUUAUAUAGCUCCAGCAGUGGAUAUGUUAAAUGCUCUGUUGUACGUCAUUGCGAGGUCAAUGUUAUCCAAAAUCGUGGGCAAGAGCGACGUGGGGAAAGCGGUUUCAUUGACGAUGAUUUUCGAGACGGUUGCACCCCUCGCAUUCAUCCCCCUCUACAGUUGGAUGUAUGCAGAAUAUGUGGGAACAUUUCCUGGCUCAGUGUUCCUCCUCUCGGCAGCCCUUUCGAUUCCAGGAUUUCUGAUUUAUUUAUGGUUCAUUUUUGAUCCGCGUUACCGCAACUAUGAAGAUGAAUACAAUCGUGAAGAUAACGAAGAAGAGCGUCUCCUCCUUUGGAGUCAAGUAAAAAACUUUGAGGUUUAUUGACGUCGAUGAAAAACUUUUUAAAAUACAUUUUUGUUUACUGGAAUUUUAUAAAUCUCGAAAAAUUAGAAAGACUUAUUUAGGUGAUGUAUGUAUGUAAAUAUGCAUGCUUCAAAGUAGUUCAUUUUAUAACGUUAUAAGUACGUGCCUAGAAUUAUUUCAUCCUUUGUAAAAAUUGAUUUUUCUGAAUUUUCCUCCAAAUAUGAAAUAGUACAAGUCACUGCAAAU